CGAAAUAAACCUUAAUCUUUUAGAAUUCCGUUGUUUCGUCAAAAAACUCCAAAAGAAGUAAUGUUGAAUUCGGACAAUUUGAAUUUCUUAACUGAACACGGCUAUUCGCUGGAUUGGUUCAAACCACACCAUAAAAAUCAUACACGGACAAAUGACUCGAUAGCAUUAUACAGAUUUUUGGACACCGAAUUUUAUGGUAAGAUCGUUGUUGGUUCGCCAGGGAAAACUUUCAAUAUGGUAUUCGAUACCGCUUGGAGAGACUCAUGGAUUAUGUCAAGUGACUGUACUUGGAAAAAGAUUGGUUGUUGGAUCCACAACAAAUAUAACCAUGGUGGUUCCUCAUCAUACAGGGCCAAUGGAGCAAAAUUUUCCGCAAAGGAACAAGAAUAUACCUUGGAAGGGUACUAUUCCUAUGAUGAUUUCUCGAUUGCUCAUUCAAAGGUGGAAGGUCAAUUGUUUGUUGAAAUGACCAGUGUACCCUACACUUAUCUUUUUUCUAAAGCAGAUGGUGUAAUUGGAAUGGGUUUUAAAACUGACAGUAACAAUCCCUUCUUCUAUAACAUCUUAAAUCAGACUAAUAUAAGCAAACCUCUAUUUAGUAUCUACCUUAACAGAGAUAAACAAUCUAACAGAGGCGGUAAUAUAAUUCUUGGUGCAAUCGAUGAGAAACAUAUUCACGUUACCGACAAGAAACCUGAUCAAAUUACAUAUCUUCCUGUUGAUAAAAGUAGUGGUUGGUGGCAAUUCAAAAUGGAUAGAAUUGAUCUCGCAAUUACAAAAGACAUUUUGAUCACAUAUUGCAAAAAUGGUUGUUCGGCUAUUGCUGACAGUUCUUCCAACAAUAUUGUGGGGCCCAAAGACGAAGUCGAAAAGAUUUUUAAGCAAAUACAUGCAACGGAAUUAUUUUUUGGUUUCUACAAAGUUGAUUGCGAUACGGUGAACAAGCUUCCGCGUAUACAUUUUAUAAUUGGAGGAAAAAAUUUUACUCUAAAGGGAGAAAAUUACGUACAAAAGCUGUCAUGGAAUUCCUUCAUGCUCUGUAUCACAUCGUUCGUUGCGUCAAACACAACGAACUUGUGGGUACUAGGAGGUGCAUUCCUGUCGGAAUUUUAUAGUAUUUACGACAUUGAACAUCUUCAACUUGGAUUGGUGAAGGCAGCCUAAUCUCGUCUCCAAAUUAGUGCUACACAUAGUAUAUUAUAGAUAAAUAAUCAUAUUUGUUGUAAUCCAUGACUGAACUAAAUGCGUUCUCUCUAAGGACAUCGACUUCAUUGUAGCUGUGGUACCGGCUCGAUAUUGUGUACUCACUUGCACAAUAUAUUUCUAUUCUUUUAUAAUUUUGUAACGUAUUUCUCCAUUGUAGAAAUUUAAUAGAAAAUAAAUAAACAAAAAGUUUA